AUGCACUGCCCCGAAGCAGCGCUGGUAUCAGCGAGGGUGCUCGCAGCUGAAGGUGCUCCAGCAACCCGCUCCGCAUCAGGAGUUGAAAGAAGACCAUCAGCCCCCAGGCCUCCGCUCUGCAAGAGAGGCUCGGGAUCCUUGCUGUCUGGAUCUCCGCCUACUUCUAGGCACUUGUGGAUCCGCAUAGCACUAUUCGAGCGUCAACUAGCUAAGAUCAUCGAGCAUCUGGUCAACAACGCUAACCGAUACUACGAAAGGGACGCUCUAGUAGCCGACCCAGACUUCGGGAGUAUUCUGAGUUCCUUGCUAGUUGGACCUUGUGCCCUGGAGUACUCCAAGGCUAAAGCACCAGCUUGCUUCUGGACAGAUCCGCCUGCAGACGAGCUUGUUCAAAGACACAGAAUGUCAGCGGGUACCACAACGCCACCCUCUGUUCGCAGACCGAUCCUCAAUUUCAAGAGGAGCUUAAACGCCUCAUCUGAUGACGGCAGCUCCAGCAACACGGGUACAGGCAAGACAGCGGGAUCGAGUGCCAAAGAUUACGUUGAAAGUUUACACCAGAACUCCACAGCAACGCUCUUGUACGGGAAAAACAAUGUCAGAGUUCAGCCGAAAGAUGUCGAGGAGCCCAUGCCUGGGUAUUUGAGUCUCCAUCAAACUGCGGCGGGUCUAGUAAUAAAAUGGACCCCCAAUCAGCUCAUGAACGGAUACGCAGAAAGUGAAGGAAUUGAUAAAAGGAGGACAUUUGCUCUCUUUUCUGAGCAACCUAGAAACCGGAUUGCUCCCACAUGGACAAUUAGACCCACCUCUCUGGUCGCAGAGGGGUACAGGAAAGCAAUGCGACAUUCGCUGCUAGAACGUGCAGUGCAAUCACCCCCUCGUACACCGCGUCGUCCUUUAGCUUCAACGUCCACUACAUCAUCUGACUCCUCAACCAUGUCGGUUGACUGCCCACCAUCAGCCGGACUUAAUGGGCAUCCUCCAUUGACGCCCAUACCACAUCAACCAGUUGAACAGGCUGCUUCCAUCGAGUUAGUGUGCAGUACAAUGCGUCGUCAGAUUAUUUCUCGAGCAUUUUACGGCUGGCUUGCUUACUGCCGCCAUUUGUCUACAGUUAGGACACAUCUUAGUGGUCUCGUGCAUCCAAUCAUCGUUCCUCGAGAAAACGCAGAAGGUGGUCUCACAGAUGAGCGAUGGCUAGCAAUGAGUGAUGAGUCUGGAGCAAUACACGACAAGGAUGAAGUGUACCGGCUGGUGUACUACGGAGGAGUGCAGCAUGACAUCCGGCGACAUGUGUGGCCUUAUUUACUCGGAUAUUACGAAUUUGGUUCUACGGCAGAGGAACGAGCUGAACAAGAUGCGGCGUGUCGUCGCCAAUAUGAGACGACGAUGUCGGAGUGGUUGUGCGUGGAGGCUAUUGUGCGACAACGGGACCGUGAGGCCACGGCCGCGUCCAUCGCCAGACUGACUGAAGCAUCCGGCAAACUGAAGCCUACUGACAAUAAUGAUACCAGCGAGGUAUUCGAAGACGACUGCAGCGUAAUCUCAGACAACCCACCAAUCGUUUCACCAGAACCAAGUGAGAACGAACAAAGACGACCGGACAAGCCCGUAUUAUCUCGAGCACCCAGCAUAGACGAGGUAGACAACAUUGAAAUGGACUCGGAAAGAGAUAAAGAAACAAAACAGAACGGAGAGACUGAGAAUGGUGAUAAUAGGGAUGUAGAUGUAGACAGUCUAAAAGACUUAGAUGAGAAUGAAGAUGUCCAUUUGAAAAGUGUUGUCGACAACCCUGAUAUGAGGAGGGAAAGUAUAGCUGAAAUCAAGAGGCUGGCUGAAGAGAUCGUUCAGAAGGGCGACGGUCGAGGGCUUCUUUGUAGCGUGGACAGUGCUCAUGUGAAUGGAACUGGAAGUGAUUUCAGGUCGUCUAUAGAUGAAAGUGGGCCAAGUCCUCAUCAGCAACAUACAAGUGUUAUCAUUACUAAUCCUUCAGUUGAUCUCGCGGCUGGAGGGUCUCCUGUUUCUGGUGGAACUACUGCACAAGUAAGUCCAGCUCGUAGUCCCCUCGGAGUAGUUCGCGAGGAGUCGCAGUCAGCUGGAGCUAGCUUCGAUACUCUGGAGCCGGCGGAUAGGAACGCACAAGAUAACCGAUCAAAUUGUGUCUCACCGGCGAGUUCUAAUGGGGGAGUUUAUUCUAACGAAUUGGUUGAAUCCUUCGCUCUUAACCUGCAUCGCAUAGAGAAAGAUGUUCAGAGAUGUGACAGGAAUUACCCAUUCUUCACUGACGAGAAUUUAGAUAAACUACGGAAUAUUAUGUGCACCUACGUAUGGGAGCACCUGGAGACAGGCUACAUGCAGGGUAUGUGCGACCUGGCGGCGCCGCUACUCGUCAUGAUGCGCGAGGAGGCGCACGCGCAUGCUCUCUUCAACAGUCUCAUGCGACGCGCUACUGACAACUUCCCGUCUGGACAGGCCAUGGAUGCGCACUUUGCUGAUAUGAGGUCUCUUAUCCAGAUUUUGGAUUGCGAGCUGUACGAGUUGAUGCACGCGCACGGCGACUACACGCACUUCUACUUCUGUUACCGCUGGUUCUUGCUCGACUUCAAGAGGGAACUGCUUUACCAGGACGUGUUUGCGGCAUGGGAAUUAAUUUGGGCAGCUCGUCACGUGGCAUCGGAGCACAUGGUGCUGUUCAUAGCGCUCGCGCUGUUAGAGACCUACCGUGACGUCAUCCUCGCCAAUACUAUGGACUUCACUGAUAUCAUCAAGUUUUUCAAUGAAAUGGCUGAACGACACGACGCGUCAGCAGUGUUAUCCCUAGCAAGGGACCUUGUUCUACAAGUUCAGACUCUAAUAGAGAACAAAUAAGUAUCACUUUAGAAAGGUUUCACUUAUAUAGACCUUGCAAGACUGGAAAUUCAAGUUAAUGACAAACUAGGGUCACUG